GCGUUGCUGUAUAAAAUUUAUCUUAAUCUAGAACCCAGCAUAAGCACAUCUCUAGUAGGGUUAGUGCAGAGCAACGCACACCCACGAAGUGACUUAUACGGUCUAGUUCAAGAGUGAUGGUUUAUAUAGGGUGGCUUUUUUUUCUUCUAAUUCCCAAGAUGCCGGGUGCUCAUCAUUCCCAAAUUGUCUACCUGCAGAUCGUAUCACCAUGUUGACCCUUACUUCAUUCGUUUAUAUCACUUUUAUGAUCAUAAAUAUGGUCUCAGGCCGAAUACGAUCGAAACGAUCUGAAGAAUCGUGCGGGACAUCAUAUGUUAGGAACGACUGGAGAACGCUAUCACAGGACCAGAGAUUGGAUUUCAUAUCGGCUGUAAGAUGCCUUCAGUCUAGAUCAGGGGAGACAUCUGGCACAUUCGCUGGAGUUAAAUCUCGAUACGACGACUUCGUAGCAUUGCAUAUUAGCCAAGCAGACUACAUCCAUUGGGUCGGACAUUUCUUACCAUGGCACCGAUACUUCUUAUGGCUAUUUGAACAAGCUCUCCGAAACGAAUGUUCAUAUGAGGGCUCUGUACCAGCAAUAGACUGGACACAAGAUGCCGUUGACGAAGCUUCACUCUUAGGCUCGCCAAUUUUCGACCCCGAAUAUGGGUUUGGAGGCAACGGCGAUUACAUAGAGGACAUUAGUGAUUUUCCGGACGAAUGGGUAACAGACAUAGAUAUACCUGGGAGAUCAGGAGGUGGAUGCCUUGCGAAUGGGCCAUUUGCCGAAACCAACGCAUCGAUGGGACCUGGGAGGCAUACCGAAUACACCCCUCGUUGUAUUCGACGAGACUUUAGCCUUUGGUUGAUGUUGCGAACACUAAACGCCGAUACGGCAAAUUUCGUCCUGGACGCAAGUAGCUAUUUCGAAUUCGAGCACCGGACUGAGGGUCUCACCCUUGGCAUUUUGGGAGUGUCAGUCCACAGUGGUGGACACCUAGGAAUCGGGGGCAUGCUUGGCGAUAUGGCGAACACUUGGUCCUCGACGGUCGACCCGAUCUUUUGGGUUCAUCAUUGUGCCAUAGAUCGUCUAUGGGAUAUCUGGCAGCGAAAAGUAGACUGGGAAUCCAGGAGGUCGGAUAUAGGGGGUCCUGAUACACAGUGGGCAUAUCCGUACAACUAUUUUGGCGAAAAGCCUUAUACGAACGUCACCCUGGACUUUGCAAUGAAUUUUGGUGACAUAGGAGGGAUGGUGAAUAUUCGCGAAGUUAUGGACGUACAGGAUAGCCCAUUAUGUUUUGCAUACUCGUGAACAUGAAAAGUCAAUGGUCUCGAAUAAGGCGAAGAAGAGAACGCUUCACGAUUGACUCUCAUGAAUAGGUGGAGUUCUCAUUUGGGAAAAAAGGAAAAAUUGGAUUGGUGAGG